AGGUGAUGUUUGUCCACUGAAGAAUUUAUUAGAUGUUGCUGAAGCUAAUAAUGCACUCUCAUUUGUUGAUGAAGUGCAUGCUGUUGGUUUAUACGGUACACAUGGAGCUGGAGUUGCUGAACGUGAUGGUCAGAUGCAUAGAAUCGAUGCAAUUACGGGCACACUUGGAAAGGCUUUUGCUAGUAUCGGAGGUUAUUUAGUAGGAAGUUCUGAACUAGUUGAUAUGGUCCGAUCUUAUGCUUCUGGAUUUAUAUUUACUACUUCAUUACCACCACAUUCCUUGGCUGCUGCACGAACAAGUAUUCAAAUUUUAAGAUCUUCUGAAGGAAGAGAACUUCGUGCAGAACAUCAAAAACGAGUAUCUAUUGUACGCGAAAGUCUCCGUCAAGCAGGGCUACCUGUGAUUGAAGCGCCGUCACAUAUCAUUCCGCUACAUGUUGGUGAAGCAAAACUAUGUACUAAAAUAUCAGAAGAACUAUUAUCUGAACAUCAUAUAUAUGUGCAAUCGAUAAAUUAUCCAACUGUUGACAUAGGAGAUGAACGUUUACGUAUUGCACCUACACCACAUCAUACAGAUAAACUAACUGAAGAACUUGUAGAUUCUUUAUGUACGGUAUGGAAAAAAUACAAUUUACCUUUGAAUGUUAAAUCAACAAGAAAAAUUACUCGACAAGCUGGUUAACUUUGAAAAUAAACAGAUUAUUUAAUAUUUUUUUCAUUUGACUGUUUAGCUUAAAGUAGAUUGGAUUAAUCACGAAUUCAAUUGUUUACUUGUAGUCAUUUAUUUAUUUGCCAGCUAUUGUCAGUGAUGUAAAAGCAUAUCUAUCUGAAAUUUGAAUAAAUUAUUAGCUUAAUGAUCAUUAACAAUGUUUUAUUUUUAUUUCUAAACAAUGAGCGACAAAAAAAAACAAUUUAGUUUGUACAAAAUAA